AUGAAGUCGAACGACCGGAAAAUUUUAGAGAAUCUGGUGCAAAAUUUGUUUAAAGUCCAAGAAUCGCCAGAUUCGGGCUCGGAGAAUGAAGAACUAAAGUUGAAUGAAGAUAGCCUAUUGAUUUUACAGGCGUGGCUUGGUAGUAACUUUCUAAGUAGCUCACUCGCCUUGCUAGAAUCCAACAAGCUUGUGAUAAUCGAGCAUAAUGGACUAAAGCUGCUCUUAUGCUUCAAGCAUAUUGAUAAUAUCGAGCACAUUGACCAAGAUCAUAUACUGACUCUGAUCUUGAACAAUGUAGACGCACUAAGUACUGAACAGCGGAAUGCCCGCGAUGCAUUGGACUCGGUAACACAUAUCUGUACAUGUGGAGCCACUUUUCGCCCUGAUUUUAAGCCUGCAGUUGGUUGCAUACACACGUUGGCAUGGUAUAUUUACAACCAUCACUCUAAAAUAUUGCUUAGAUUCGUGCCUACGGUGAAAGUUAAUGAUAGCACUAAAUGGAUAAACAUACAGGAUGCAAUAUAUAAGAACUCUGCAUGA